GUGUGUGGUAAAUCCGUUUCCACUCCUCCAAAGUGACGGCGUGUGUGAACUCCCAACUCGGCCGUGUGAACCGGGAUGCAGGGGAGGGGAACCAUGAUGCUGCUGGGCUUCUGAACAUGGUUCUCUUACCACCGGGAAACCAAUGUUGGCUGUAUCUCUUAACAUAUAUCUCACUAUCAGCAGUACAGCCCGCAUGAUAGAGCUCCCUCUGCUGAAUUUUUGCCGGGUUUUUUUUUUUAAUAAAAAGAACCUGACGUUUGAGUAGGAGCAGCAGCCCCGCAGGGAGAGGAGAACUAUCGGCCGCUUGACAGGUGCCGUCGCACGGCUCUGCGUGGAGCGAUGCCGCCCGUCCAAAGAACCGUGUCCGAUCUUCGCUCGCGGGCGGAGGGAUACGAAAAGACGGAGGACACGUCAGAGAAGACGUCCUUAGCUGACCAAGAAGAUGCCCGACUAAUAUACCUCAACCAGACGCAGUUCACAAAGUUUUGCUGCAACCGAGUCAGCACGGCUAAAUAUAAUGUCCUCACCUUCCUUCCCCGGUUCCUCUACUCACAGUUCAGGAGGGCAGCCAACGCCUUCUUCCUCUUCAUUGCACUCUUACAGCAAAUCCCAGAUGUGUCUCCUACUGGUCGCUGGACCACACUGGUGCCGCUGCUCUUCAUCCUGGUGGUGGCUGCUGUCAAGGAAGUCAUUGAGGAUCUGAAACGUCAUAAAGCUGACAAUGUUGUCAACAAAAAGGAAUGCCAAGUAUUGAGGAACGGUGCCUGGGAAAUCGUGCACUGGGAGAAGGUGGCUGUGGGCGAAGUAGUCAGAGCUGCAAACGGGGAUCACCUACCGGCUGACCUCGUCAUUCUGUCAUCCAGUGAACCACAGGGCAUGUGCUACAUCGAAACAUCGAACUUGGACGGAGAGACGAACCUUAAAAUCAGACAGGGUCUCCCAGUGACUGCAGAAAUAAAGGACAUCGACAGCCUGGUCCGUAUCUCAGGGCGGAUGGAGUGUGAGAGCCCUAACAGACAUCUCUAUGAGUUUGUUGGAAACAUCCGUCUGGAUGGACACAGCACUGUGCCGCUGGGUCCAGACCAGAUCUUGCUGAGGGGAGCACAGCUGAGGAAUACGCAGUGGGUCCACGGUGUGGUGGUUUACACUGGACACGACACAAAGCUCAUGCAGAAUUCAACACGGCCCCCUCUGAAGCUCUCCAAUGUGGAGCGUAUCACCAACUUCCAGAUCCUGGUGUUGUUUGGCUGUCUGCUGGCCAUCUCCCUGGUCUGCUCCAUCGGUCAAACCAUCUGGAAGUACCAGUACGGCAAUGAUGCCUGGUACAUGGAUCUCAACUCUCCAGAUGGCGGGGCGGCUAACUUUGGCCUCAACUUUCUCACCUUCAUCAUCCUCUUCAACAACCUGAUCCCCAUCAGUCUCCUGGUCACACUGGAGGUCAUCAAGUUCAUCCAAGCCUUUUUCAUCAACUGGGACACUGAUAUGCUCUACGAGCCCACAAACACACCUGCCAUGGCUCGCACUUCCAAUCUCAAUGAAGAAUUGGGCCAGGUGAAAUACAUCUUCUCUGACAAGACCGGGACUCUGACCUGCAAUGUCAUGCAGUUCAAGAAGUGCACCGUCGCGGGUGUGGCCUACGGUCACGUCCCUGAGGCAGAGGAGGGUAGUUUUGCAGAGGACGACUGGCACAGCACACAAUCAUCGGAGGAGGCUGGAUUUAAUGACCCGAGCUUACUGGAAAACCUCCAAAGUAAUCACCCUACAGCUGCUGUCAUCCUGGAGUUCAUGACCAUGAUGGCCAUCUGUCACACUGCAGUCCCAGAGCGCACGGAGGACAAAAUCACCUACCAGGCAGCAUCUCCAGAUGAAGGAGCUCUGGUGAGAGCAGCACGGAACCUUGGCUUUGUGUUUUCCGGUAGAACCCCGGACAGCGUCAUCGUGGAAUUGCUCGGUACAGAGGAGAAGUACGAGCUGCUUCACGUGCUGGAGUUUACAAGUGCAAGGAAGAGAAUGUCAGUCAUCAUGCGCACCCCAUCUGGGAAGAUCCGCCUCUACUGCAAAGGAGCCGACACAGUGAUCUAUGAUCGCCUGGCAGACAGCUCUCGGUACAAAGAGAUCACACUGAAGCACCUGGAACAGUUUGCAACUGAGGGGUUGCGCACUCUGUGCUUUGCCGUGGCUGACAUCAGCGAGUCGUCCUAUCAACAGUGGCAGGAGCUCCACCACAGGGCCGGCACCUCUCUGCAGAACAGAGCCCUCAAACUGGAGGAGAGCUAUGAACUGAUAGAGAAGAACCUGCAGCUCCUGGGGGCCACAGCAAUCGAGGACAAACUCCAGGAUAGGGUGCCCGAGACUAUAGAGACUCUGAUGAAGGCUGACAUCAAGAUUUGGAUCCUGACUGGGGACAAACAGGAAACGGCCAUCAACAUUGGACAUUCCUGCAGACUGCUGACCAAAAACAUGGGAAUGCUUGUGAUUAAUGAAGACACUCUCGAUGGAACAAGGGAAAUACUCAGCCACCACUGUGGAAUGCUGGGAGAUGCCCUCUACAAGGAAAACGACUUUGCUCUCAUCAUCGAUGGAAAGACUCUAAAAUACGCCCUCACGUUCGGAGUGCGGCAGUACUUCCUGGACCUCGCCCUCUCCUGUAAAGCUGUCAUAUGCUGCAGAGUGUCUCCCCUCCAGAAGUCAGAGGUGGUGGAGAUGGUCAAGAAGCAGGUGAAGGUGAUCACGCUGGCCAUCGGCGACGGUGCCAAUGACGUGGGAAUGAUCCAGACGGCUCACGUCGGCGUGGGAAUCUCGGGCAACGAGGGCCUGCAGGCGGCAAACUCCUCCGACUACUCUAUUGCCCAGUUCAAAUACUUGAAGAAUCUGCUGCUCGUCCACGGGGCCUGGAAUUACAACCGUGUGGCAAAGUGCAUCCUGUACUGCUUCUACAAGAAUAUUGUCCUCUAUAUCAUUGAGAUCUGGUUCGCAUUUGUCAAUGGCUUCUCCGGUCAGAUUCUUUUUGAACGCUGGUGUAUCGGCUUGUACAACGUGCUAUUCACUGCUCUGCCUCCACUCACUCUGGGAAUAUUCGAGCGCUCCUGCAGGAAAGAGAACAUGUUGAAAUACCCAGAACUCUACAAAACCUCCCAGAAUGCCAUGGGAUUUAAUACCAAGGUCUUCUGGGCCCAUUGUCUGAACGGCCUCUUCCACUCCGUCAUUCUCUUCUGGUUCCCCCUUCAAGCCUUCCGGCAUGAUACAGUCUUUGGCGACGGAAAAACCCCCGACUAUCUCCUCUUGGGCAACAUGGUUUAUACAUUUGUCGUCAUCACAGUUUGUCUUAAAGCCGGACUUGAAACCUCGUCCUGGACCAUGUUCAGCCACAUCGCCAUAUGGGGAAGCAUUGGCCUGUGGGUGGUGUUUUUCCUCAUCUACUCCUCCCUGUGGCCUCUCAUCCCACUGGCUCCCGACAUGUCAGGCGAGGCAACCGUGAUGUUCAGUUCCGGGGUCUUCUGGAUGGGCCUGUUCUUCAUCCCGAUCACCUCGCUGGUCUUUGACGUGGCCUACAAAGUGGUGAAGAAGGUGUGUUUCAAGACUCUGGUGGACGAGGUGCAGGAGCUCGAGGCUUUAUCCAAAGACCCAGGAGCAGUAGUGCAUGGAAAGAGUUUGACGGAGAGGGCCCAGCUCCUGAAGAACGUCUUUAAGAAGAGCACAGUCAGUUUGUACCGGUCCGAGUCCAUGCAGCAGAACCUGCUACACGGCUACGCCUUCUCUCAAGACGAGAACGGAGUGGUGUCUCAGUCCGAGGUCAUCAGAGCGUACGACACCACCAAACAGAGAACCAACGAGUGGUGAGCUGACGGCCUUCUCGCUCCCGGGCCGGCCAAACCAGGAGCCACAGCAGACGUCUACUGUGGCGGGUAUUUCAGUCUUAACACAGAGAGAGAGAGAGAGAGAGAGAGAGAAGCAGAGGUGCGAGCACUUGCCUCCACCUUGGACGGGGAUUUUUUUGGACAUGGACAGAAGGGGGGAAAGUGACAUUGUGUAAUUUUUUUUUUUGAAAACGGGGAAGGGUGGGAAAAAAAGACCAACAAAACAAAGGAAUCAACCGUGUUCACUAUCAGCUGUAGUUGUGUUUCCAGCAGACGUGAAGAGCACUGUGCUUUCUUAGCAGUCUGUGGUUUAAGGUUUCUUCACUGAUUUUCUCACGGCGCUCGUCACAGCGGUCGCGUUGCCCGUCUAUACAUUUGAAGAAAAGACGGUCGCUGAGCAAGAAUCACUUAAUCCAAUUGAAAUCAAACACUGUUAUCAACCGAGUCAAAUCACUGGACGAUCGAUUAUUAUUAUUAUUAUUCGCUUUUGAAAAAAGAUUCAAACUUGUGAGAGAUUGCCAAAGAGCAGUCGUGGAUACAAUCUUCCAAGUACUAGUGAAUUCGGGAAAACUCCAAACCAAAUGUAAUCACUCCCGAGUGUUUUCCAGCACUAAACGGACCACAUCAGAGCCGAUCAGUCAUAAUUUCACUUUAUUAUUUUUCUUCUUUUUUUUUGCACUUACUGAAGCAUCGCUUGUGUAAAAGCCUUACAUUUUGCUCAUGCCUUCAUCCACAGGUAUAUUUUUAGGUUCACAUUUAAAAAAAAAAUGUUUUUAGACGCCGUC